GCCUCGUGUGCGACGCAUUGCACAUUCCAUAGAAGUGCUCAGCAGCGUCGCUGCUCCCGACAUCGCUGGCCGCGCCUCAAUAGGAGCCCUCCCGCAUAGCGCUGAGGGCCCAGAGAGGAAUCCUGGUUUUCAGUCUUUGUGCGCGCACAAGUGACUGACUUGAGAUGGCCUCCCAGACGCCUUUGACGCGCAGCGCCACAAGCAUGGAUCGAUUAGAAGGCCAGGCCCUCACGCGCAGCCCGCCGGGCUCGGGGGGUCCCUCGGCGAACGACCACGGCGGCCCAGAUGAUGAGGUGGUCAUGGCGCGGCUCGAGCGCAUGUCGUCGGCGCAGGGCCGGCGGCAGCUCUCGCUCGCGGGGCGCCAGGCCAUGCAGUCCGUGCGCGACGGGCUGGAGGAGAUGCGAAGGCGGCCGUCGAUGCGCGAGCGCGCGGAGAUCGCCGCCGCGGCCCUGGACGGCAAGCCCCUGCAGCGCGCCGCGACGCAACCGACGCCGCCGGCGCCUCCAUUAAAACGGACGCUGACGGCGCCUCGAUCGAGAAGCGUCCGGCUACGGCCGCAGGAGGCCGCGCAGGAAUUAUCAAGGACGCUGUCGAUCUCCGACGAAGCUACAAAGGAGCCGCCGGAGACGCUGCUCUUCUCCUGGGGCCGCGGGGCGCUCUUGCACGACGGCGACGCGACCGCCUCGACGCCGGUGGCCAAGUUCGCUUCUCGAAACAUUAGAAUAGUCAACGUGGACACGAGCGGCUACCACGCGCUGUGCGCGGAUUCCGAGGGCCGCGUCUUCGCGGCCGGCGCCAACGAGUCCAAGCAGGGCGACGCCUCGCGCCCCGAGGAUCAUCUGCAGAGGGCGGUGCGCGUCGAGUGCGUCCCCGUCGGCGCGCGCGUCGUGGCCGUGGCCUGCGGCGCGCGGCACAGCGCCUGCGUCACGUCGCAGGGCCGCGUGCUGUGCUGGGGUUCUAAUGAUAGGGGCCAGUGCGGCGAUUCCAGAAAAUCCGCGCAGCCGCGGGCCGUCCAGGGCGCGCUCGCGCGCUGCGUCGCCGCGACCAUAAGCUGUGGCGACGAGUUCACGGCCUGCGUGACGUCACGGUUCGAGAUUUACGCGUGGGGCGCGCGCGAGGCCUGCGGCGCGCCCGAGGUUCAGGGAGACGACCGGGGCGCCGUCGAGGUGCGAAGAGUGGACGCUUUGGUAGGCGUCCCCGUCAUCGGCCUCGCGGCGGGCGCGGGCCACUGCGUCGCGCACACGCAGACGGGCGAGGCCUGGGCCUGGGGCCGCGACGAGCACGGCCAGUGCGGUUUGGGGGAUGCGACGCUCGGGCGGUCCACACAAGUCGAGGCGCCGAGGCGGCUGGAGGUCUCCUCGCCCAUCGACCGCGCCGCGUGCGGGCGCGCCCACACUUUAUUAGUGACGAAAAGUGGUGAGGUAUUAGGCUGUGGCCGGAACCACGGCGGCCAGCUGGGCCUCGCAGAGCUUGAGGACGUCUUCGCUCCAACAAAAUGCUUCCCCUCACUUAACGGAAGGGCCGUGGUCGCCGUCGCGGGCGGCGACGCGCACUCGCUCUGCGUUUUAGAUGAUGGGUCUUUACGAGCUUUCGGGCGGCCCGCCGGCUGCGGCUCAACUGAUGGAGACGAUGUAGUGGACGCCGUCGCGGUGCCGCUGCCGCACGAGUGCUUCCACGUCGUGGCAAGUGGCGACGCGUCGCUCGCGCUUUGCCGCGCCGGUGCGCUCGCGCGCCGCGCCAGCGCGACGGGGCCCUUCUGGCGCGACGGCUACACCGACUACGCGGCGCAAGGUCAAAAGCUCGCGAAGCGCGCCGACUCGUUCCUGCAGGCCGCGGCCUCGGCCGCGCCCAUCCGCUCCAGCGAAGCCGCUGCCGUCGGAGCCAAGGCAUCAAAUGGGGACGCCGGGUGCUUGGAUAGGGUUUGUGAUGUGCUCGCCUGGCCGUCGCUGCUCGCGGCGUCGUUCGUCCGUGCGGAACCGGCGGCGCCCCACGACGACAGCCGCUUCGACGAAGACGCCUUCGAGAGCUGUUUCGCGCCUCUGGACGCCUUCUUCGCAUCUGACGACGCCGCGCGGCGCCGGGCAGCUUUAAGCAUCCUGUCGGGGGCCACGCGCCUCGGUGCAGCUAGGCACGAGGCCAACUCGGCCGACGCGGCGCGAUGUGCUUUAGCGCUGAUGUGCAGCGCGGCGUCGGUGUUAGAAUGUGACCAUGGGCGUGCCUCGGGGCCUGCAUGCGAAGAACCGUCGGACGCGGACGCAGCGAAGGGCGCCACGUCACUACUUGCCUGGGACGCGGCGCGGGCCGCGAUCGAGGUCGUCUUGAGCGCGCACGAGGCGACGCGGGCGCGCGCCGUCGUCGCUUGUUUACCUACAGACGACGAGGACCGAGCUGUUUUACGAGAACGGCUCCGUAAGCCCUUGCGGUUCCUUGUGGCCCAGGCGUGCCGCCGCGCCGGCUUGGAGGGUGUUUUACCAUGUGGUGGAAACUUUCCCCCUUUGGGGCAGCUGGCUGCACUGAACCUCGCGGGUGAUUUGGCCAUGGCCCGGGACGUCGUCCUCGACCGGCCCGCGCAAUUAGCUCAAGAGGCACUAACAUUACAAAGAGUCAAGGCGCUACCUCCUUCACAGACGGCGUUCUCGGCCGCGCGACGGGCGUUGUUUGGCCUCGAACUACUCAGGAGGGCCGGUCACGCCGCGGGCGUGCCGCGCAAGGAAACGCUGCAGAGCUAUAGAGUAGAGCAGGUCGACUCUUUAGGCGUCGUCAUCGCGAUGCCCUCCGAAGACGACUCGCCCUACCAGCCCGGGCCCGGCGGCCUACUCAUCGAUUUUCUGAAAUGGCAGGAGGCCGGUGCGCCUUCUGUAAAUACUGAUGGGUGCUGGUACCUGUCCGGCCACACAUGGCUCUGUUCGCCUUCCGCGAAACGUGAACUGCUAGCCUUCGACGCGCGUCGACGGCAGCAACAAUCAUUUGUCCAGGCGGCCAUGCUCGCGCGCUUCACGCCAAACCAGACUCCUUUUCUCGUGCUGAAGGUGCCCCGCGCUUCACUAUUAGAGGACUCGCUGGCCUUUUUACGAUCUGUACCUGAUGGCGACCUGACGAAGGAGUUGAAGAUUGAGUUCGUCGGAGAACAGGGCGUCGACGCCGGCGGUCUGAAAAAAGAAUUCUUCCAGCUACUCGUGCCCCAAUUAUUCGAUCCCGUCGUUGGCAUGUUUUCCAAGACGGCGCACGAGGAAGUGUUCUUCAAUGCGGCAUGUGAUUGGUAUCUAGAUGAAUACGAGCUCGCGGGCUUACUCGUGGGUCUGGCGGUGUACAACUCCGUCGUGCUCGAGGUGCGGCUACCCGUCGUAGCGUACAAGAAGUUGCUUGUCCACAACGGUGACUCCUUCGAGCCUAGUCUAGCGGACCUGGCGGAGCUCGACGGUGACCUCGCGAAGGGUUUAAGGCAGCUCCUCGCGUUCGACGGCGACGUCGAGAAUACUUUUUGUAGGACCUUCGAGGACGACGACCCGGCGGGCCUGCCGGGCGCUACCAUUGAAUUGAUGCCGAACGGCGCUUCCACAAACGUGACGAGUGAGAACCGGGAGGACUACGUUCAUGCGUUAUGUGACUACCGGCUGAAGGAGGCGGUGCGCGUCCAAUUCGAUCGCUUCGCGAAGGGCUUCUGGCGCGUGCUGGGCCAGUCGUCCAUUGAAAGGGUCGUGGAGGCGGAGGAGCUGCGGGUCAUGGUGCAGGGCGACGAGGCGCCCUUGGAUUGGGCGGCUUUACAAGAUGUCUGUGCCUAUGAAGGGUUCGGCGAGGCUGUCGGUGGUGCUGACGAUGCGGCGACGCCGCCUGUAAAUGACGACAUGUCCGCCGACGUCGAGGACUCGUCGGACUCGGACGCGAGCGACUCGAGCGGCGAGCCGCUGUUUGGAGCUGUGACGGAGCCGCGCGUCGCCGACGGCGACGGCGCCGACGGCGCCGCGUCGACGCCGGCGGAAGGCAACGGCUCCGGCGCCGCGGCGACGCCGGACGGCGGAACCGCCGCGGACGCCGCCCGACAAAAACGGAACCCGCGCGACGUCCCCGUCGUGAAAGCUCUGUGGGCGGCCGUCGCGGCCUUCGACGACGCUUUGCAGCGGGACUUCCUCAUGUUCGUGACAGGGUCCAAGACCGCGCCCAUGGGCGGUCUGGGGGCCCUGCGGCCGCCGGCGCACGCGUCCUUCAAGGUCCAGCGCGCGGGCCCCGAUUCGGACGCUUUGCCUACCUCUCAUACGUGCUUCAACACCCUGUUGCUGCCGGAGUACGACCCUCCACAGAAAGUGGCGAAGCUCCUGGAGUAUGCUGUGAGAGAGGGCCACGAGGGGUUUGCCCUCGAAUAAUGUGAUAU